AUGACGACUCCACCAUCAUUCGGAGGCAGACUCAAGGGGAUUUUUGAGCCUGCCCAGCUCAUGACAUGGGCAAUGUCACACUACAUCCGCGUAUGCGCAGAGGCUAUCUUUAAAGAGGGCAAGAUCCUUGCACCUAUUUUUCAGAUCCAACAACUACGCGACAAGGCAUUUGGUCGGUUCUGGGUCGAAUUUUCCAAAGAAGAAUCCAGUACUUCUAAACCAGGCAAAAAAGUCAACGGCUCCUCAGAUCUACUCCCGCCACUCCUCCGAACAGCCAGCGGAAUAGUCCUAGACAUCGGACCCGGAACAGGCACGCAAAUGCCUCUCCUCCGCUCGCAGUCCAUAAAAACAAUCUACGGCGCAGAGCCCUGCAGAGGCCUCCAUGAGAAACUGCAACUCAGAGCCGAAGCCGAAGGUCUCUCGUCGAAAUACCACAUUCUCCCCAGCGGAGCCGCAGCAUCCGAGCUCCUACCCGCUCUCCGGGCCACGGGAACCGGCAUAACGGAUGCGUAUGAUUUGGAUGCGAAGAAGGGGAUUUUCGACACCAUUCUCUGCGUGCGGGUCCUUUGUUCUGUGCCAGAAAUGCAACGUACCGUGGAUGAAUUAUAUGGGCUUCUGAAGCCUGGUGGGAAAAUAUUGGUUGCAGAGCAUGUGGUUAAUCCGUGGCGGACGGCGAAGGGAUCUUUGCUGGCGAGAGCUAUGCAGGGUGUUUAUCAGGUACUUGGGUGGAGCUUCUUUUCUGCGGAUUGUGCUUUGAAUCGGGAUACGGAGGGAGCGUUGUUGAGGGCUGCGGAGCGGGAUGGUGGGUGGGAGAUUGUGGAUUUGGAGAGGCAUUUCAGUUGGUCAGUAAUGCCGUAUGUAUCUGGGUCUUUGGUCAAGAGGGGUUGAAAUUUUGAUUUGGAUUGUAUGGGUGGUGCUGUUGGUUCGGCUCGGAAGUUCCAGUUGCUGGCCUUUUGACACAAGCGUGUGCCUGACACGACAUUUGAUGGACGGUGAACGGUG